UUGAGAAAUUAUUUUUACGAAAUUGCUGUUCCUUUACGAAUUCAGCUUUCGAUCUGUCCAUGUCAUAUUUUUUAUCUAUUUUAUUUGAAGCUUGAUGCGCUCCUAGAAAGUUGUAACUAAGUUUGAAGUCAGAAAAAAUAAUGGGAUCAACAUUUUCCAGGCACCCCGUUGACAAUCGCCAGUAAUUUCGAGGAAUUGCUUGUGAUUCUGCAAAAUAACCACAGACUCGAAGUUACUGUUGAUGCCAAAUUGUGCGAAUGGGACUCGCCAAAUGGACCGUACUACCCCACAAUAUAUGGUCAAACGAUAAAUGGUUGGUCUUGGGACAACGUCGAAACCGGCUCAAGUGUCAACUUCGUCAGCAAAAUGGUUGCAAAAAGAGAUGGAAAAGCUUACCUGCUUCAGCAGCAAUACAAUGUACUUCAAGAUGGAUCGGUGGCAGUGAAUCUGCACUCACUUGACCCGAUCACAGGUCAACUGUUGUCAGUCGAUUCAGCAUCUUGCGAAUUGUCAAAUUCUGCGAUUCGUAUUGCUUCAGUCGACCGUCCAAGAAAUAAAUUACUUACCAUCCAAGAAUUGACUGCAGUGCAAAUGCAAGGACGUCGGAUCAGUUUCUUCGCCGACCUCAAUGACUGCACGGGCGAACCCAAACUUAUCAUAGGUGGCACAUUUGCUGAUGGCUCCACACUCGACAGAUUCGCAAGCAAUGGGACAUUUUACGGUCCACUGACGGAGCUUUUGCGAGAAGUCGACGACGGUGACGAUUACUUUGCUUGGGGGUCUUUCAAUGUUUACUGGUUCGGUGACGACAAUAGUUUUGUGGUUGAAGGGACAGUGCAUCGCAAGCCGACUUGGGAAGUCACACUGCAAACUAUGUGGGUUGAAAUUCCCAGAGUAUGGAGCACAGAGUGGGAUCCAUCUCAUGAGUACUGUGAAUUUGCCAUGACGUCUAAGGGAUUAGUGAAAAGAAAACUAUCAGAAGAAGAAAAUGUACCAGCCCUGGUGUGUAUAACUGCUUUGGAUGGUGGUGAAGCUGGGAGAAAAUAUUACCCCCAGGGAGAGAAGUUCAUGGGACUCUCUGAUUGCAAAAUGGACAGGGGAGGAAACACCAAGGCAGACAUGGAACCAAACUUUUGGAACCAAAUGUGGGUAUGA